CCAAUCAGCGUGCGCGCGGCGGGACUCAAAACUUGUAACGGCCGCGCGCGCGCGGCGCAGGGGAGAGCGAAGCGGCGGUGGCGGCGCGAGCGAGCGAGGCGGCGGGCGGACAUUUGAAGAAAUAAAGUCGACAAUCCAUGGAAUUCAUGUUCUUCCUUCUUUUAUUUAAAAAACUAUACCUAAACAUGCACGUUUUAAUGACUUUGCAGUAGGAGCACAACACAUAGUUGUCAACAUUGGCAAGAUGAUUGCUACACCUUUAAAAAAUACAAGGAUUUCAAAAUCUCACAUUUCUUCUAGCAGAAGAGGAGAUAUGCCUUUGCAGGCAAUCUUAAUGAGCAACAUACCGUCAGGUACUAUUACUCCUUUAAAAGAUUUGGUGAAAUUUCAAGAUGCUGGUCUGACUACUUCUGCAACAAAAGAAGCUGUGCUCCCUUCAGUUUUACGUGACGUCAAGGAAAACCAUGCACGAGAGGCAGGAACUUCCAAGAAAAGGGAAGGUAUUUUUCAGUCCACAUUAAUAACAGACGGCACUUAUGUUAAAGAAUUUCUUGACCUCAGUGAAAUAAGGCCAGAUUCUGACAUUGUAGCAGUACAAGCUGCAUCUUGCCAGCAGCAACAGAUCUUGCCACUAAAAGACAAAAAUUUAUUGAAACGCAAAGCUUGUGAUCCUUUAACUCAUGAAUCUCCAGCAAAAAUCUUCCAAAGAAUGAAAGCCAAGGCAUCCCAUGAAAAGCAGCAUCAAAUGCCAUCUAAGGGAGCAUUGUUAGGGACAAAUUACAACAGCGAUUUGAUCCUGACUCCUGCUAUGAAACUUGUCCAUCAGGGAACACAGGAUAAAAAAUCCAGUGAUGAAGAAAACCAGCAAAGAGCUGGCAAGGUACCUGAUAGACAGAUCCAGCCAGGGAAAGCACUGCAUUGCACCAAGAUAGUGCGAAACAAAAAUGUGGAUUCCCUCGCUGUGGACACUCUGGUUUCAGAAUCUCCUCAAAAGUUCUUCUUGCGCAUAAAACAGAAAGUGCAGAAGCAGCAAAAAGAUCCUGCAUUGUCAAACCAAAUCAAGCAAAGUAUUUCUUCGACAAUUGUGAACAAGCCCUUAAUCAAAUCUGAUUUUGCCAAACAAGUCAGUAACUUUAAUGGAGAAUGUACAGUUAACAAUACCAGCAACAGUCAGGAUGAUGUUUUUCUUGUGGAGCCAAUUGAUGCUGAUGAUGAAAUGUCUCAAAAUACUGUGAUUGAUACUGUGAACGCAAAUUCCGACCCUUCCAAAACUGGGGCUCAGUUAGCAGAAAGGUAUGGAAGUGGAGAAACAGUAUAUGCCAGUCCUCAUCGAGAAGGAAGACUAUUACAAGAUAGCACCUGGAAAACAGCUCAAGGAGUAGAGAAGAAAUCGGAGACUGACACUCAGAGGCCCACACAGUGCUUCUGUAGUAUUAUGUUUUCUUCUCCAAAGGUCCACAUACCAAGAAAACGAAAAACAAAAGAAGGAGAUUGUAAGGCCUCCUCAAGCACAUCUCACAUAGAUAAAAAUGAUGGCAAUGCAAAUAAACAGUCAAAAAUCUGCCUGAGUGAGUGGAGGAUUAAGGUUAUCAACAACAAUACUGCUGUGUGUGUAGAAGGAAAACGGAGAGAUAUGAAAGAACUGUGCUGGCAUAGUAAUGCAGUUGUGGAACGCAUGGCAUCCAACCAAGUUAAAACAAUAUCUGGCAGCAUCUACGUGUUACAAGGAAAUGUAAACUCUGUUUCCAUGAGACAAGAAGGAUUUCCAUACAAAUUCAUCAAGAAGUUUACAUUUGGAUUUCCAGAACAAUGGAAACAAUAUGUUGAGAAUUUUCUUGAGGAACUAAAGAGGAAAGAACAAGAUACUGAUGAGGCUGGCAAUGAAAAAAUCAGUUCUGUGGAAAUGGAUAUGUUGGAAGAAGAGGGGGUAACAGGAGACUUAAAAAAACAAUCUAGAACACAAAACACCACUUAUGAAGUAGCAUUGAAUGAUAACACAUGUGAGUACUUCCUCCCACCCCCCUUUUUUUGUUCUAAAUUGAUAGUAAUUUAA